GAUGCCUUUGUAGCAUUCCAUGUUGACAAGGUGCUGGUGAGCAAGUACUUGAAGUCACUGCAGAUUGGGGAGCUGGCACCGGAUCAACCCAGUAUAGAGCCCACUAAAAAUAAAAUGCUGGUGAAAGACUUCCGUGAAUUGCGUGCGACUGUUGAGAAAAUGGGACUUCUGAAGCCAAAUCAACUCUUCUUCUUCCUGCACCUCGCUCACAUCCUCCUGUUGGAUACUGCUGCUUGGCUCAUUCUCUUCUACUUUGGGACAUCCUUAAUGCCCUUUAUUGUCUCUCUGGCGGUGCUGACCAUUUCCCAGGUCCAGGCUUCAUGGUUACAACAUGAUUUAGGACACCUUUCAGUAUUCAGGGAGACCAAGUGGAACCACUUGCUGCAUAAGUUUGUGAUGUGUCAUUUGAUUGGGGCAUCAGCCAAAUGGUGGACUCUUCUGCACUCCCAACACCAUGCCAAACCCAACUGCUUCCAGAAAGAUCCUGACAUUGAUAUGCACCCUUUCUUGUUUACUUUGGGGAAGAAAUUCUCUGUGGAGCUUGGGAUCAAAAAGAAAAAAUACAUGCCAUACAAUCACCAACACAAAUACUUCUUCAUCACUCUUCCUCCGCUCCUGUUUCCCACCUACUUCCACUGCCACACGUUUUAUAUUGCAUACACAAAAAGGUAUUGGGUGGACUUGGCCUGGAUGCUGACCUUCUAUAUCAGAUUCUUUUUUACUUAUGGAUCAUUAUUAGAAAUAAAGAGUCUCCUGGCGUACUAUUUUAUAUUCAGGAUGCUGGAGAGCAGCUGGUUUGUCUGGGUUUCACAGAUGAACCAUAUCCCUAUGGAUAUUUACUAUGACAACAAUUUGGACUGGGUGUCUACUCAGCUCCAGGCAACAUGCAAUGUCGAGCAGUCUCUGUUCAAUGACUGGUUUACUGGGCAUCUGAACUUCCAGAUUGAACAUCACCUAUUCCCCACAAUGCCAAGACACAACUACUGGAAGGUGGCUCCUCUGGUGAAGUCCUUGUGUGCCAAACACGGCAUCGAGUACCAAUGUAAGCCGCUGCUCACGGCUUUUGCAGACAUUGUGCACUCUCUGAAGAAUUCAGGAGAGCUCUGGCUUGACGCCUACCUACACAAAUAA